AUGGCGGAAGCCGUGCCGCAUCACCCGGCGCUGCCCUCGGGGCUGCUGGAGCUGUGCGCGCUGCUGGGGACCCCCCGGGACAGCCUCCCCAGCCCGGAGCAGGUUGCCCAGAGGAAGGGCGUCAAGGGCCCGUCUUCUCUGGAUCCGGCGGUGUUGUCAGUCUUCGUGCCUCCUUUUGUCAUGAAGGAGGACAGUCAGCUGGCUGGCAUGAACUGCAUGACUCUGGGUAAGAACAGGAAGCGCUCCUUCCGGAAGAAGAGAGAGAGGCCCAGAGUGGAGCUGGGGAAGGGUGUCCCCGGCGGCCCCAGGGGCCCAGACCCCGAGGACGUGAGCAUCCCCAACGGCGUGGACCUGCUGGCUCUGCCGCAGCUCUGCUUCCCAGGGGGAUUGUGUGUGGCCUCUGAGCCCAGAGAGGACUGCAUCCACUUUCUGGUGCUGACCGACGUCUGCGGCAACAGAACCUAUGGCGUGGUGGCACAGUACUACCGACCGCUGCACGACGAGUACUGCUUCUACAACGGCAAGACGCAUUGGGAGGCAUCGGGAUUGGGCGGCAGUGCGGCCGGCUGCUUCGUGCCCUUCGCGGUGUGUGUGGUCUCCAGGUUCCCCUAUUACAACGCCCUCAAGGACUGUCUCUCCUGUUUAUUGACUCAUCUGAAGUUCUGUAAAGAUUUCGAAGUUGACAAUCACAUAAAAGAUUUUGCUGCAAAGCUGUGUUUAAUACCUAGCCCGCCACCUGGACCACUCCAUUUGAUAUUUAACAUGAAACCACUACAGAUCGUGUUUCCCUCGAGAGCGGACCCCGAGAGCCCCCUCAUCGACCUGGACCUUCACCUGCCCCUGCUGUGCUUCAGACCUGAGAAGGUGCUACAGAUCCUUGCCUGCCUCCUGACGGAGCAGCGCGUCGUGUUCUUCUCGUCCAGCUGGGCUCUGCUGACGCUCGUGGCCGAGUGCUUCAUGGCCUACCUGCACCCCCUGCAGUGGCAGCACACCUUCGUGCCCAUCCUGUCUGGGCAGAUGCUGGACUUCCUCAUGGCGCCCACCUCCUUCCUCAUGGGCUGCCAUCUCGACCACUUUGAGGAGGUCAGCAAGGAAGCUGAUGGUUUAAUUUUGAUAAACAUCGACAAUGGGAACAUCACCUACUCUAACGAUGAGGAGGUUGAUGUUCCUGACAUCCCUUUCCUGGCUGCACAGACGUUUAUUCAGAGGGUCCAGAGCCUUCAGCUGCACCACGAGCUGGACCUGGCUCACCUCUGCACCAGCACGGAUGUGAACGAGGGCCGGGCCUCCAGGCGGGCCUGGCAGCAGCAGCUCAACUGCCAGAUCCAACAGAUGACCCUGCAGCUGCUUGUCAGCAUCUUCAGGGAAGUGAAGAAUCACUUGAAUUAUGAACACAGAGUGUUCAAUAGUGAAGAGUUUCUCAAAACAAGAGCUCCAGGGGACCAGCAGUUUUAUAAGCAGGUCCUGGAUACAUACAUGUUUCACGCCUUCCUCAAGGCCCGGCUCAGCAGAAGGAUGGACGCCUUUGCCCAGAUGGACCUCCACACGCAGUCUGAGGAGGACAGGAUAAACGGGAUGCUCCUGAGUCCGAGGAGACCCACAAUCGAGAAGAUGGCCAGCCGGAAGUCCUCAGCCCCGCACGCAGCGCACCGGCGCAUGGUGGUCAGCAUGCCCAACCUGCAGGACAUCACAGUGCCCGAGCUGCCGCCCCGGAACUCAUCGCUUCGGAAGAUGCAGACCAUGGAGUUUCUGGACGUGCCCCCUAAGCCGACGCACACCUUCAAGAUCCCGGAAAUCCACUUCCCGCUGGUGGCCCAGUGCGUGCAGGCGUUCUACGCAGACUGCGUGGCCCAGCUGAGCAAGGCAAUGGGCUCGCUGGCCCCCGAGAACUCGGUGCUGCUGGCCAGGUACUUCUACCUCCGGGGGCUGGUGCAGCUGAUGCAGGGCCACCUGCUGGGUGCCCUGCUGGACUUCCAGAGCCUGUACAAGACCGACACGCGCGUCUUCCCUGCUGACCUCGUCCAGACGACCGUGGAGUCCCUGUCGGCGCCCGAGCGCACACAGGCUGAGCGCACGCCCGAGCUGCGCCGGCUCAUCAGUGAGGUCAUGGACAGGCCCGAGGACACCCCCAAGGCCGACGACCGUGUCAAGAACUUCGAGCUGCCCAAGAAGCACAUGCAGCUGGAUGACUUCGUGAAGAGGGUGCAGGAGUCAGGCAUCGUGAAGGACGCUGGCGUCAUACACCGGCUGUUCGAGGCGCUGACUGUAGGACACCAGAAACAGAUUGACCCAGAAACGUUCAAAGACUUCUACAACUGCUGGAAGGAGGCAGAAGCAGAGGCGCAGGAGGUCAGCCUGCCUUUGUCGGUGAUGGAGCAGCUGGACAAGAACGAGUGUGUGUACAAGCUGUCGCGCUCUGUCAAGACGAACCGUGGGGUGGGCAAGAUCGCCAUGACCCAGAAGCGCCUGUUCCUCCUCACGGAGGGGCGGCCGGGCUACGUGGAGGUCUCCACCUUCAGGAACAUAGAGGAUGUCAGAAGCACCAUGGCCACUUUUCUGCUCCUCAGAAUUCCCACUUUAAAAAUCAAAACAGCAUCCAAGAAAGAAGUCUUUGAGGCUAACCUCAAGACGGAGUGUGACCUCUGGCACCUGAUGGUGAAGGAGAUGUGGGCCGGGAGGAAGCUGGCUGACGACCACAAGGACCCCCAGUACGUACAGCAGGCGCUGACCCACAUUCUCUUGAUGGAUGCAGUCGUCGGCACGCUGCAGUCACCGGGAGCCAUCUAUGCGGCCUCCAAGUUGUCCUACUUUGAUAGGAUGAAGAAUGAAAUGCCCAUGGCAGUUCCGAAGAUGACCUCGGAAACCCUGAAACACAAGAUCAACCCCUCGGCGGGGGAGACCGCCCCACAGGCCAUCGAUGUGCUGCUCUACACCCCAGGGCAUCUUGACCCAGCGGAAAAAGUGGAGGAUGCUCACCCCAAAUUAUGGUGCGCGCUGAACGAGGGCAAGGUGAUCGUAUUCGACGCUUCCUCCUGGACGAUUCACCAGCACUGCUUUAGAGUGGGCACGUCUAGGCUGAACUGCAUGGUGAUGGCGGAGCAGAGCCAGGUGUGGGUCGGCUCGGAGGACUCGGUCAUCUACAUCAUCAAUGUCCACAGCAUGUCCUGCAACAAGCAGCUCACUGACCACCGCUCCAGCGUCACGGGCCUGGCUGUGCAGGAUGGUGUGCAGGCGACCAGCACCGUGUACUCGUGCAGCGUGGACGGGACGGUCCUGGCCUGGAACGCAAGCUCCCUGAGGGUGAUCGGCAGGUUCCAGGUGCCCGGUGGAGGGCUCUCGGCGAUCAGACUGCACGGCGGCCGCCUCUGGUGCUGCACUGGAGACAGCAUCCUGGUGGUGAACAUGAAUGGAUCUCCUUGUCAAGAGCUGAAGAUCGACGGGAGCUUUAAAGAGACAGGCACCUCCUUCCUGGGAUUCCAGCUCAUGCCCGAGCAGGAGCAGCUCUGGGCGGCCUGUGCCGGGUACCCUGACGUCUACGUCUGGAGCCUGCAGGACCUAGCCCAGCCCCCGCAGAGGAUCCAUCUCCAGGACUGCUCUGAGAUCAACUGCAUGAUCAGGGUGAAGAAGCAGAUCUGGGUGGGUGCCACGGGGCUGUCACAGGGGCGACUGAAGGGGAAGAUCUAUGUGAUGGAUGCGGAGAGGAGGACGGUGGAGAAGGAGCUGGCGGCCCACGCGGACACGGUGAAGACGCUGUGCUCUGCGGAGGACAGAUACGUGCUGAGCGGCGCCGGCCGUGAGGAGGGGAAGAUCGCCAUCUGGAAGGUCGAGUGA